AAUAAAAUGAGUGGAUGAGUGAAUGUGAAAUCAACUCAAGAAAAGAAAAUAAGACAAGUAAAUUAAAACACGACUAAUCGAAAAAUUGGGCAAUUAAAUUAGGACGGAAGUACUAUAAAAUUAGGUGGGUCCUUUGGAAAUUUUGGAUUCCAAGUUAGUUUUUUUUUGGAGCACAAAAAUAAAAUUGUAUGUUUUCAACUAAGAACGUGGCUUACGAUUUUUAGCACCUUAAUUACCCAUUUUCAGUUAGUUUCUUCUCCACUUUCUCUCUCUCUAUCUCUUCUUCAACAGUUUUUUUUCAUUGGAGCAUUUCGUCGAGAAGGUGGUGGGCGGUUACUUUUAAGUUUGAGGGAUGAAAAAGUUGUGAAUUUUUUUGGGAAUUGGUUGGGUUUUUUCAUCUGGGUUUUUGGUUUUGGAUCUUACACUCAAGAUUCACUUGAUAGACUUGACCUAGAAAGGAAACAGGCUUAAAUUGGUUUUCCAACUGGUGCAGUUGGGAAGGAAAGAGAGACAUCUGUGUCGUUCCCGAAUGAACUUGAUUGAGUGCAGUUAAGCAUGGAGCACACUUGUGCUGACCGAUACAAAGAUGAACAAAAUGAAGGAGAGCUAUUGCGUAACUGUAGCAGUAUCCAAGGAUCAGCUGAUCAAAGUGCUUUGUACAUGUCGGAUUCUAAAGCACAGACCUUGGUCAAAGGUGGAAAACCUGGAAAGACACUAAUUUUAAAGCUGAUGCAGUCAGAAACUUGUGAAAACUGGUUUCAAGAGCUGUUUCACAGAAGAUAUCGUGGCUUAGGGGUUAAAAUCCCAAAGCAAGUUGUAAGUUUGGAUGAGAAGUAUUUGAAGCAUUGUUUGGAACUCAUGCAAAUGAAUGCGUCGAAAGGAGCUCCUUGUUCUUUAUCUGUAAAUUUGGGUUCUUUGGAUUUGGGAUUUGUGUCUGAUCAUGCAUCAGUUGGGGGAAGAAGUUCCUUAGAUGUGACAAGCUAUGCAAUUGACUAUCCAAUGGCCCUUGGGGUUGGAGAUUUAGAUUUGAGUUCUGGAGAUGAAGAUAUUGUUGGUUCUGUUAUGGGAAGCAGUAGUAUGAUGAGAAUACUGAGGAGCCCUUUGUUUCAAAGACUAGGUAUUUUAGAUCAUAAUGCAAGACCUGGAGGUAAUACCUUGUUUAAAGAUAAAAAAGGCAUUCCCUCAGAUUACCACGGCUCUCCUGGCAGCUUAACUGCUAGUCCCAUUCGCAAGCCUGGAAAGGAAUCCUCAGCUCUCAGGAACCGGGGGUAUGGAUCAGAUUCUGUACAAAGAAGUGGAGGAUCUGUCCUCAAUGAUCAGUGUUCUGCAUCUUCUCUUUCUCCAUCUGGUUCUCAAGGAAUGCUUCAUUUUACAUGGGAUAACGGAAUUCCACGUUUUACCUUCACUUUAGAUGACCAGAAAGAAGUUUAUGUGGCAAAUGCAUGGAGAGUUGAGGUAACCAAUGAUAAGGCACUGGACUAUGUCUACUCUUUUCAUUUGAAAGCAACUGGCCCCAAAAUGUAUGAUAUAUCUUACAGUGAGCCUGAUUUAAUAGGCAAGAUGAAGGUUUCAACAGCCUUUUCUCUUUCUUCGAGUACUUCUAGAAUUAUGGAAACUGAGUUUGUUCUUGUUGGUGCUAAUGAAAAUCAGGCCAGAGAGAUUCAUACCUUUUCCCGUAACAGUAGGCGAAGUAGGAAAUUGUCGAAGGUUAUGGAUGUGUUUAAGGCUGGUCAUUCGUUUAAGCAGAGAACCCCCUCUUUGUUUGGUGGCUCAAGUGCUAUUCCUGAAGAUUUAUCUCCUGAAAAGGGGUUAGAAGCAUGUUGGAACUCAUAUCAAGAAUGCAAACCUGAUCUUUCAGAAGAUGAUUUUUUACCAAAUCUUGAAAUGGCUGCAGUUGUUGUGAAAGCCCGAUUACAAGAGGAAGAUCAUCAGAAGAAAAAAGUUGGAGGUUGGGGCCUUAACUUUCUCAAGAAAGCUGGGAGCCAGCAAAAUGUUGCUUCUUCAGAAGCUUCUGCCUCUCCUGAAUGUUGUCUGAGGAAUGUUGGGGAUUGUUCUACGAGUAUGGAUAUUAUAGUGCCUGCUGGUCCUCACGGUGGGCCAAGAACGAGGAACGGAGGACCAACCAAUCUCAUAGACAGAUGGAGAUCAGGUGGGAACUGUGAUUGUGGUGGAUGGGACACUGGUUGCCCUCUGAAAAUCCUCAAGGCAAAGCCAAAAAAAGAAGAGGGUUGGCCGUCUUCAGAGGCACAGGAAGACUGCAAAUCAUUUGAGAUGUUCACAGAGGGCUCUGCUCAGAUAACGCCCCCAAUAAAAAUGGUGAACAUACGCGAAGGCUUGUAUUUCAUCAGCUUCCAGCCUUCUUUUAUGUCAGCUUUGCAAUGUUUUUCAAUUGCAGUGGCAAUUAUUCAUUCUCAGUGCCCAAGCUUUCGUCCGAAACAUGUACAGGACUGAAGGUCAUGAAAGGAUCAACAUUUUUUUUUUUCUAGAUCUACCUAGAUUAGCAUUGUAUGUGUGUUUAUAGCUGCAGGUAAAUCAGAAUUAGGUUAAUUAUACACGAUUUUUUUUAGAGCUCUUAAAUUUCUUAUAUUUACGGGGGUGAUUUAUAUUUAUUAGCAAUAUUGUUUGUGUGUUUAGUUGAUUGGUGUGUGGGUAAGUAGGUUCUUAAACACUUCAAGAUAAGUAGUGUAUAAUGUCUUCUCUUUUUUUUUUUUUUUUUUUUUUUGUCAAUUGUACAAGUUGCUGAUAUUAAUCUGUACUCAGAAGAAUGAUGUACUUGUUGUCAAUGAUCAAAUGGAAGAUUCGGAUAUUUUGCUUGA